AUGGACGACCAGUUUGGUGGCCGAACCGACGACGAUCUCUUCUACGAUGACUUCGAACCGGUCGAAAGCGAGAUGGUCGUGGUCCGGGAGGUAGUACCUACCGCUCCCGCUCCCGCUCCCGCUCCCGCUCCAGCUCCGCCCUCAGCUCCAGCUGCAGCAUCGCCAGCGCCGGCGACGACGACGACGAAACAGGACAAGGUACCUUCAAAGACGCCGUCAGCGCCCAAGGGCCUCUCAUCGUCGCGGUACGCCGACCCUCCGCCGCCGGCGCCGCCGGCGCCGCCGGCAGAGGAAUCAUCUGCCCCAUCACCGGAGCAGCAUCCACAGGUACCACCGCAGCUUCCGACACCCAAAGAGAAGCCGCAGCAGCAGCAGCAACGGCAGCCUGGCGCCGGCGCCGGUCCUGGGUCCCAGCCCGGCGGCAACAGGCCGGGGACGCGGCUCAAGUCGGGCGCCAACCCGCGGCAGAAGCUGACGGAGGAUGAGCUGGCCGCCAAGAUGGAGCACAUGAAGCUCCUGUCAGCCGAGAAGACGCGCAAGUUCGAAAAGGCCGAGCAGGACCAGAAGCAGCACGCCGAGGCCUACGCGCGUGGCAUGGAGGAGGCGCGCAAGCGCCGCAUCGAGGCCGAAGAGCGCCGUCGUCGGGGAGAGGAGAGCCAGCGCAAGCUCAACGACGAGCGCGAGAAGAACAGGGAGCGCAAGCUGAAAGCCAUGGGCAUGAAGGACGGCGGCUGGGACGAGGGCAAGGAGGCCCUGGCCGAGCAGGAGGACAGCAAGACCUUCCGCGGGGCCAACGGCGGCGUCAGAGGCUCCAGGAGGGUCGGCGGUGGUGGUCUCUCAGGCAGCCGGUACGCCAAGGACGGGGAUGCGCCGGAUGUGGACCGGACCGUCGAGGACCGUUCCCGUGGAGGAGGUCGUGGUCCGCGCGGCGGCGGCCGCGGUGGUGGUGGCCGUGGUGGCGGCCGCGGUGGCGGCCGCGGCGCCGGCGGCGACAACGGCAACGGCAACAACACCGACAAGAGGCAGCAGCUGCAGCAGACUCCACCAUCGUCCGAGGACUUCCCUGCGCUCCCGUCCGACGGCGCACAAAAGGUUGCCCCCCCGCCUGCAGCAGAGCCGAUGCCGCUGCCACCUCUGGCCGGAGGCAAGUGGGAUGAGGAGAUGGAAGAGUAUGACGAUAAACAAAAAGAGCAGGUGGUCUCGCAGUAG